CCAACAUCAUCAGCAGCAGCGGUGGCAGCACCAGCAGCAGCAACGGCCCCGCCUCGCGACGUGAACCGCUGGCUGGUUCACCUCAAGCACCGUCUCACAUCUGGCUGUCAGGAAACAGCGCUGCCGCCGCUCCGUCCGGUACCGCGGCAUGCUCAUAUCCGAAGAAGAAGAGGAAGAGGAUUUUUAUUUAUCUAAAAGGGGAGCGAAAUGUCUGAGGUGCGAAAAUUCACAAAGAGGCUGAGCAAACCCGGGACGGCCGCGGAAGUCAGACAGAGCGUGUCGGAGGCUGUGAGGACCACCGUGGACCUUGUGGAGCAGCCGAAGAUCAUUGAACCGCUCGACUAUGAGGCUGUGGUGUUUCAGAGAAAGGCUCAGAUCCACAGUGACCCCCACAGAGACCUGCUGCUCUGCCCUGUGGAUGAUGUCUCGGAGUCUCAGAUCUCCCGGCAGAGGAGGACCGUUGUUCCCUCUGUGCCCCAGAAUGCCGAGCGGGAGGCUAGGAGUCUGUUUGCCAAAGAGUGCAUUAAGAUGUACAACACUGACUGGCACGUAAUCAACUACAAAUAUGAGGCUUAUUCUGGAGACUUCCGCAUGUUGCCGAGCAAAGGCCUGAAGACGGACAAACUGCCAGCUCAUGUGUUUGAAAUCGAUGAAGACGCCAAAGACGAGGACUCGGCCUCGCUGUGCUCCCAGAGGGGAGGCAUCUUGAAGCAGGGCUGGCUUCAGAAAGCCAACAUCAAUAGCAGCCUGUCUGUCUCCAUGAGGGUGUUCAAGAGGAGGUUCUUCUACUUGUCUCAGCUCCCCGAUGGCUCCUACAUCCUCAACUCUUAUAAGGAUGAGAAAAACUGCAAGGAAACCAAAGGAUCCAUCUACCUGGACUCCUGUAUAGAUGUCAUCCAGAGUCCCAAGAUGCGGCGGAAUGGCUUUGAGCUUAAGAUGCAAGACCGCUAUAGCCACUUCCUGGCUGCAGACAGUGAGGCAGAGAUGGAGGAAUGGGUGGCCACACUGAAACAGGCUCUGCAGAGCAGCACAGAGGCUGGCCAGGACAGGAGGAACGGUGCUGAGUCGCUGGACUGUGUCCUUGAUGAUGACACGGCCAGCCAAGGUAAAGGCGAGAGCAUGCUGGAGAACUCGGGGAGGAGCUUGCACACUGAACUCAUCAAGUACACCAGGGAGACAGACCAGCUCAGUAAGAUGAACAGGAACGAAGGCAGGCUGAAGCUCUCCUCUCUGGAUCCUGAGACACAGAGGCUGGACUUCUCUGGGAUCGAGCCAGACGUGAAGCCCUUCGAGGAGCGUUUUGGUCGACGUAUAGUGGUCAGCUGCCACGACCUCACCUUCAGUCUGCAGGGCUGCGUGAAUGAGAAGGGUGACGGUGUCCUUACCAAUGUGGAACCGUUCUUCAUCAGCCUCGCUCUCUUCGAUGUCUCCAAGAGCUGCAAAAUCUCAGCCGACUUCCACGUUGAGCUCAAUCCACCAUCUGUCAGGGAGAUGCUCACUGACACCUCCGCUCAAGCGUCUCCUUCAUCUGACUCGGACGGUGGUGGUGGAGGGAAGGACGGGGGACAGGGAGGAGUCCUCGUGAACGGAGACUCAGGGAAAGGAAACGGCCUGCCGCUGCUUCAGAGGGUGUCAGAGGCUCUGCUGCGCUUCCCCACUCAGGGUAUCUUUUCAGUGACUAACCCCCAUGCAGAUAUCUUCCUGGUGGCCCGUGUGGAGAAGGUGUUACAGAAUGGCAUCACCCACUGCGCUGAGCCAUACAUGAAAACCUCUGACAUCACUAAGACUGCUCAGAAGGUGCUCAAAGCUGCCAAGCAGACAUGCCAACGCUUGGGCCAGUACAGGAUGCCGUUUGCUUGGGCUGCCAAGCAGGUGUUCAAAGACGCUCAGGGCAGCCUGGAUAUGGAUGGGAAGUUUUCUCCUCUCUAUCGCCAAGACAGCAGCAAAAUCUCAACUGAUGACCUCAUCAAGCUGCUGGCCGACAUCAGGAAACCAGAGAAAAGCAAACUUCAGAUCAUCCCUGGACAGCUGAACGUCACCAUCGAGUGUGUCCCGCCUGAUUUCUCAAACACGGUGACGUCCUCUUACAUUCCCGUCAAGCCCUUCGAGGACGGCUGUGAGCGGGUGUCGGUGGAGAUAGAGGAAUUCCUCCCCGAGGAAGCCAAGUACAACUACCCCUUCACCACUUACAAGAACCAGCUGUAUGUCUACCCCCUGCAGCUCAAAUAUGACAACCAGAAGACCUUCACUAAGGCCAGAAACAUUGCCAUCUGCAUCCAGUUCCGAGAUUCUGAUGAGGAAGGUGCUGCUCCUUUAAAGUGCAUCUACGGCAAGCCGGGAGAUUCACUCUUCACCAGCAGCACCUACGCAGCCGUCCUGCACCACAAUCAGAGCCCUGACUUCUACGAUGAGGUGAAGAUCGAGCUGCCGGUUCACGUGCAUGAGAAACAUCAUAUCCUCUUCACCUUUUACCACAUCAGCUGUGAAUCCAGCAGCAAAGCCAGCAGCAAGAAGAGGGACGGAGUGGAGUCACUUGUGGGCUACUCCUGGAUGCCUUUGCUUAAAGAUGGGAGGAUGCAGUCGUUGGAGUUCCAGUUGCCCGUGGCUGCCACUUUGCCUGCUGGAUAUCUUUGUCAGGACACCAGGAAGGCUGAUAUCAAGUGGGUGGAAAACGGCAAGACACUGUUUAAAGUGAGGACCCACGUAGCAUCAACGAUAUAUCCUCAGGACCUCCACCUACACAAAUUCUUCCAGCACUGCCAGCUGAUGAGAACAGCAUCAGAAGGCAACCCAGCAGAACUGAUCAAAUACCUGAAGUGCCUACAUGCCAUGGAGACUCACGUCAUCAUCACCUUCCUGCCAACAGUGCUGAUGCAGCUGUUUGAGGUGCUCACAGCCGCCACCAAAGAAGCCCACGAGAUUGCUGUUAACUCUUUGCGUGUGAUCAUACAUAUAGUUUCCAAAUGCCACGAGGAGGGACUGGAACACUACCUGCGCUCUUUUGUUAAGUACGUGUUUGUAACCAACAAUCCUGCAUCAGGAAACUCAGUGACCACUCAUGAGUUGCUGGCCACAGCUGUAACAGCCACCCUCAAGCAAACUGCUGAUUUCAACACCAGCAAUAAACUGCUCAAGUACUCUUGGUUCUUCUUUGAAACCAUGGCAAAAUCCAUGGCUCAGUACCUGCAGGAGGAGAUGCCACGGGCCCAGCGCUUUCCGGAGAGUUUCCACCAGGCUCUGCAGUCCUUGGUGUUGUCCAUUAUGCCACACAUCACCAUCCGCUACUCAGAAAUCCCAGAGGAGGCUCGCUGCAUCAACUUGAGCCUGGCGAAUUUCAUCAAGAGGUGCCUGACUGUCAUGAACAGAGGUUUUGGUUUCGGCCUGGUCAACCACUACAUGUGUCAUUUCAGCCCUAAAGAUCCCAAGGUGCUGACCGAGAUGAAGUUUGACUUCUUGAUGACUUUGUGUAACCACGAGCACUUCAUCCCUCUCAACCUGCCCAUGGCUUUCGGGCGCACCAAGCUGCAGAGGGUACAAGAGCAGAGUCUGGAGUUCAGUUUGACGGAGGAAUACUGCCGUAACCACUUCCUGGUGGGGCUGCUGCUGAGAGAGGUGGCUGACGCCUUGCAGCAAGCGCCCGAAGUGAGGCAACAGGCCGUGGGCAUCCUCAAGAACCUUCUUAUUAAACACGCCAUGGAUGAUCGCUACACCGCUUUCAAGAACCAGCAGGCCAGGAUCUGUUUGCUGUACCUCCCACUUUAUGAGCUGCUCUACCAGAACUUGAAGCAGCUUUCCGCUCAGCCUCUCAUCUCCAGUCCUGGGCUGGGCCUAAACGGCUCCAGAGAUGACCUAAUAUCCACAGACAUGAGGAGGAUCAGCACAGCGAUUGAGAAAGAGCAUGGUCAGCCAACUCAGAAUGGCCACGUUGUGAGGAGGGAAGACUCCAGAGGCUCUCUAUUUAUGGACCCAGGAACACCGGACAGCAUUGAGCUGCAGAGACGCGCCUCAACCAUGAGCAGCAGCACCAUGCCUCCUAUCGGCAGACUGGGACAAUAUGAAAUCAAAGGCCUACUGUUCUCUUUCCUGCACAUCGCCAAGACCUUGUCAGAAGACACUCUGAUGGCCUACUGGAACAAAAUCAGCCCUCAAGACAUCAUGAACUUCCUCAGUUUGCUCGAGGUCUGUCUGGCUCAGUUCCGUUACAUUGGAAAGAGGAACAUCGGCAGGAGCCAGGAGGCGUGUGUGUCGAAGCUGUUCUCGUCAGGUGGAAAGUCUCAGACAAUGCCACCCAUGCGCUGCAACCGUGCCAGCCUCAUGCAGAGCAAGAUACAUCAGUUCAACACCAUGGAAGCCUCCUUCACCCUCAACAUAGGGGCAGGCCCGUCAGAAGCAGAAAUCCACCAUCAGGCCCUGCUUGAAGGCAACACCUCCACUGAGGUCUGCCUCAGCGUCCUGGACAUCCUGAGUCUGUUCACUCAGUGUUUCAAGAACCAGCUGCUGGACAGCGACGGUCACAACGCACUGAUGAAGAAGGUGUUUGACGUCUACCUGACUUUCCUCAAAGUCGGCCAGUCAGAAGCUGCCCUCAGACAUGUGUUCGCCGCUCUGCGUGCUUUCAUUAACAAGUUCCCUUCGGUGCUGUUCAAGGGUCGCGUGACGCUGUGCGAGGCUCUGUGCUGCGAGGUGCUCAAGUGCUGCGUCUCCAAGCUGGCCUCUCUGCGGGCCGAGGCGUCAGCCCUGCUCUACCUGCUCAUGAGGAACAACUACGAGUACACCAAGAGGAAAACCUUCCUACGCACACACCUGCAGAUCAUCAUUGCAGUAAGCCAGCUGAUUUCUGACGUGGCGCUGACCGGCAGUUCACGCUUCCAGGAAUCUCUCUCCAUCAUCAACAACUUUGCAAACAGCGACAAGGCCAUGAAGGUAUUGUGGAAGUCUAGACAACCAAUCACAGCUGGCACCAACAAACAUUAUUCAUCGUUAUUCACUGAGGAGUUUCCAGGAUGUCUGACCAAGCGGAUCCGCACAGUUCUGAUGGCUACAGCCCAGAUGCGAGAGCAUGAAAAAGAUCCUGAAAUGCUGCUGGACCUCCAGUACAGCCUGGCCCGGUCCUACGCCAGCACCCCUGAGCUGAGGCGGACCUGGUUGGACAGCAUGGCCAGAGCGCACCUCAAAAAUGGAGAUUUGUCAGAGGCUGCGAUGUGUUAUGUUCACGUGGCGGCGCUGGUUGCAGAAUACCUGAACAGGAAAAAGUUGUUCCCCAGCGGCUUGGCAGCUUUCAAGAAAAUCACCUUUAACAUCGACGAGGAAGCUGCCAUGAAGGAAGACGCCGGCAUGCAGGAUGUCUAUUACACUGAGGAAGUGUUGGUGGAACACCUCGAGGUCUGCGUGGACGCGCUGUGGAAAGCUGAGCGCUACGAAGUCAUCACACACAUCGCCAAACUUGUUAUCCCCAUUUAUGAGAAGCGCCACGAAUAUGAGAAACUGAGCCGACUGUACGAAACUCUGCACAGAGCGUACAAUAAGAUCAUGGAGGUGAUCCAGUCGGGCCGCAGGCUGCUCGGGACCUAUUUCAGAGUGGCCUUUUAUGGACAGGGCUUCUUUGAGGAGGAGGACGGGAAGGAGUACAUUUACAAAGAACCCAAACUGACCGGCCUGUCCGAAAUCUCCCAGCGGCUGCUGACGCUCUACGGGGAAAAGUUUGGGCCAGAAAAUGUCAAGAUAAUUCAAGACUCAAAUAAGGUCAACCCCAAAGACCUCGACCCCAAGUUUGCCUACAUCCAAGUGACCUUUGUCAAGCCCCACUUCGAGGAGAAGGAAGUGCCAGAGAAGAAGACGGACUUUGAGAAGUGCCACAACAUCAACCGCUUCGUGUUCGAGACGCCGUACACGCUGUCGGGGAAGAAGCACGGCGGGGUGGAGGAGCAGUGCAAGAGGAGGACCGUCCUCAUAACUGCCAACACUUUCCCAUAUGUGAAGAAGCGGGUGGAGGUGGUGGCUGAGAAGCAGGUGGAGCUUAAGCCGGUAGAUGUGGCCAUAGAUGAGAUGAAGGCACGGACGGCGGAGCUGAUCAAGCUCUGCUCCAGCCAGGAAGUGGACAUGAUCCAGCUGCAGCUCAAACUGCAGGGCUGCGUCUCUGUGCAGGUGAACGCAGGCCCCAUGGCGUAUGCCAGAGCAUUCCUGGAUGACAGUAAAUCCAACCAGUCCGGCAACAAGAAAGUAAAAGAGCUCAAGGAUGUUUUCAGACGUUUUGUCGAGGCUUGCAGCAUGGCGCUGGACAUAAACGAGCGUCUGAUCAAAGAGGACCAGUUUGAGUAUCACGAGGGCCUGAAAACCAAUUUCAAAGAAAUGGUAAAAGAGCUGUCGGACAUCAUCCACGAGCAGAUAUACCCGGAGGAUAUGAUGCGAUCGCUACUACAGAACUCCCUCCAUGUGUUCCGUGCCAUCAGCGGGACGUCCACUGACCUCGGUUGACCUCCUGCACACCACCCUCCGUCUCUUGCGGCCACCCACACUUCUGUAUAUCCUUGCUCUUCUCCCUUGAGGACCUGGAUUGGUUUAUAACAGGGAAUUUGUCAGUGCAAAUCUGCCCAGCUAUGCAUGCCAAAACAUUCCCCCUGGUGAAGAUGCCAUUUGGCUAUCAACGGCAUCUUUGCUGGAUGUGCAGUGGACGGUGGGGGUAACAGCUUGCGGCACAGCACUCAGAUUUAGUCCUCAAACCACAGCAGCAGUAAUUCUGAGAAUGUAUUACAGCAACACCAUUUACGUGUCUGCAUGUCAGGUUUAGGUGUUACGCUCAGCUGCAUUGCACUUUUUCCCCCCCCCCCCCCCCUU